UUAACAGAGAUGACUUGAUUGACACAAAUUUUUUUUAUAUAAAAACAAAAUUGACAUUUUCUAAAAGAAGAACGAAUUUGACACAUUUUAACCAAACUGGUAUAAAAGAAGCAACUAAACCUUUACUUUUUAUAGCUUAAGGUCCUUUUCACUUUCAAUAAUGAAGUCUUUCGGUUCCUCCCUCUUCGUUUCACUUUGUUCACUAAUUUUUUGGCUGUCUCAGGUUUUUCUCUCUCACCCACUUUCUUCAUUUGUCAACACGCGGAGGAAUAUCCUUGAGGGAAUGAGUUUUCCGUAGAAGAUUAUGUUCUCUGCAGCUGGUAGUUGAAGAGUUGAAUUCUUCACUGAGGAACUCAAACAGGUUAUCAUCACCAUCACUGUAUCACCAAAGCUUUUUUCAUCUUUUUUCGAGAAAUCAUCACGCCAUUUAUCUGAACAAGAACCACUGUAAAUAGGAAGGUCACAAAGAAAGAGGGUUUCUUCUUCUUCUUCUUCGUAUGGAUCUACCUGCAGUAGGAUGCUUUCUUCAUUUCCUGCUUCUUGAUUCGAGUGAAACUCUUUAAGCGCCGUUGUUGUAUAAAGUUACAAUUCUUUUGUCAAUUAAUAUUGUUGAUCAUUAUAUUAAUUUUUAUGAUAUUAAUUAUUUUUUCUAACAUUCAACCCUAUUGUGAAACCAACUACAAUUAGAGUGGUUCUAUACCUUGUGGUUUCUCUCAAAUGGCAAGUGCAUCAAUUGGACAUAAACAUGGCUUUUUUUACACGAUGAUCUCAACGAAGUCAUGUACAUGGAUGAACCUCCAAGAUUUAUCACAACUCCAUCUUCCUCGCGUACUGUCGUCGCCGGCAGCCAUCAUCCCAACUCUCACCAGCCACCAUGAACGCCACAGAUUCUCCAUCAACACCCAGACGCAAAGCCACCCAGAAUCGCAUGAGGCCACUACCCAUCUUCCACAAAGCUGCCGUCGCAGAAGAAUCAAGACCCAAGUUAAACCCUAAACGCCCAAAUCGCACAUCAACUCCAUUGAAGCUGCCACCACGACCACCAUCCACGAUCGCCGUUCUUCACCUGCAGAGAAUAACACGGAAUCCAGAAUCGCGUCGCUGGCGUCGCUGGUUGCCAUUGCCAACUUCUAUGGCCGUCGCGACAACGCACAUCUCCAUCAUCCACGAGAGCUUCACCCAACCAGAACCACGAUCUUUGCGCACACCAUGGUUUCUCCACCUUCGCAAAUCGCAAGCACCUGCAAGAAGAGAAAUCCAAACAGAGAUGCCAAACCCAAAUUCCAAUCCUGAU